UACUUACUUACCCUCUCAACUAUCAUGGCCACACUACGUCGUGUCCAAAAGGAACUCAGAGAUAUCGCUGCCAAUCCUAUCGACGGUAUCGCCGUCGAGACAAAGGACGACAAUAUUCUCGAAUGGAAGUGCUCCAUUAAAGCCGCUUCAGAUUCUCCCUACAAGAAUGGCAUCUUUCACUUCACACUGACGCUUCCCGCGAAUUACCCUUUCAAGGCACCGACAGUGACAUUCACGACGAGAAUUUACCACCCUGGAAUUAAUGACGAGGGUGCCAUUUGUGUUCCUGUGUUGCGAGAUGAUUGGAAGCCAACCGUAACCCUGUCGUCUGUACUGGCAAUAAUCCAAGAGAAGCUCAAUAACCCUAGUCCGGAUGAUCCCUUCGAACCUGAUAUCGCAGCACUGCUGAAGAAUGACAAGGCCAAAUUCCUUGCCACGGCCAAGGAGUACACUAAGAAGCAUGCGAUGUAGAUACGAUUGUAUUCCGGUUAUAUUUCUAGUUGUAUUUGUACUUGUUGGAUUAUGACUUGUACUUCAUUGAAAUCCUC